UCUAUUUCUGUGCCUGUGGGCCAUGCUGUUGUUGAUUCAUAUGCAAAUGGAUUAUCACUAGCUUUAGCCAACUUGAGCUGAGAGAGACUGAGAAAGGGAAGGGAGAGAGGCACAGACAGAUAGGAGGACACCCUCUGGAGCCACUUGCAGGGUGAGGAGCUCGUCUUGAAACCCUACCAGUCCAGGAGCUAGGCGCCAGGUUUAAUUGUUUUUUCUUUCUUUCUUUCUUUGUUUUCCCCAAUGGGUAGAGUUAAUAUUUUUCUAUUUAUUCUUACAAAGAAAUAACCCUGAAGCACAUUCCUGUUGCCUGCCUGCUUUUAGUUUCCAGGAUAACCUAAAACUCCAGCAAGCCAUAUAGCAUCCACUGCUUCCUGCUUUGCACACAGAUGGAGUGGCCGGACGAGAGCAGCUCUUGGCUCAGCAAAGAAUGCACAGUAUGAUCAGCUCAGUAACAGUAGAGCUGGCUGCCAAGGAAACCCACUGAUACGGAGCUGAUCUAUCUACAGCUGUGGCUUUAGUCCUGGUGUGAUGACGUUUGGAUGUGAAAUCAGAGGUUCCUAUGGGCCUGGAGCCCAUCUCACCUUUAGACCUCAGGACAGACCUCAGGAUGAUGAUGCCCGUGGUGGAUCCUGUCGUCCGUGAGAAGCAGCUGCAGCAAGAGCUGCUCCUCAUCCAGCAGCAGCAACAAAUCCAGAAGCAGCUCCUCAUCGCAGAGUUUCAGAAGCAGCACGAGAACCUGACGCGGCAGCAUCAGGCGCAGCUGCAGGAGCACAUCAAGUUGCAACAGGAACUUCUAGCCAUAAAACAACAGCAAGAACUCCUAGAAAAGGAGCAGAAACUGGAGCAGCAGAGGCAAGAACAGGAAGUAGAGAGGCAUCGCAGAGAGCAGCAGCUUCCUCCUCUCAGAGGCAAAGAUAGAGGACGAGAAAGGGCAGUGGCAAGCACAGAGGUAAAGCAGAAGCUUCAAGAAUUCCUGUUGAGUAAAUCAGCAACGAAAGACACUCCAACCAAUGGAAAGAAUCAUUCCGCGAGCCGCCAUCCCAAGCUCUGGUACACGGCCGCUCACCACACCUCACUGGAUCAAAGCUCUCCACCUCUGAGUGGGACGUCUCCAUCCUACAAGUACACGUUACCAGGAGCCCAAGACGCCAAGGACGAUUUCCCCCUGAGAAAAACUGCCUCAGAGCCCAACUUGAAGGUGCGGUCCAGGUUAAAACAGAAAGUGGCAGAGAGGAGAAGCAGCCCCUUACUCAGGCGGAAGGACGGGAACGCUGUCACUUCAUUCAAGAAGAGAGUGUUUGAGGUGACAGAGUCUUCGGUCAGUAGCAGCUCCCCAGGGUCUGGUCCCAGUUCACCUAACAAUGGGCCCACCGGAAAUGUCCCCGAAAAUGAGGCUUCAGUCAUGCCUCCCACGCCUCUCCCUGAGCAGCUGGUUCCGCAGCAACGCAUUCUGAUUCACGAAGAUUCCAUGAACCUGCUCAGCCUCUACACCUCCCCCUCCCUGCCCAACAUCACUCUGGGGCUUCCAGCUGUGUCAUCCCCACUCAGUGCUUCUAAUUCACUCAAGGAAAAGCAGAAGUCAGAGACACAGAUCCUCAGGCAGGGAGUCCCUUUGCCUGGCCAGUACAGCGGUGGCAUUGCGGCACCCUCCAGCCAUGCUCAUGUCGCGAUGGAGGGGAAACCCAACAGCAGCCACCAAGCUCUCCUGCAGCACCUACUGCUGAAGGAACAAAUGCGGCAGCAGAAGCUCCUUGUGACUGGUGGAGUUCCCUUACACCCUCAGUCUCCCUUGGCAACGAAAGAAAGAAUUUCACCAGGCAUUAGAGGUACCCACAAACUGCCCCGUCACCGACCCCUGAAUCGAACCCAGUCUGCGCCUUUGCCUCAGAGCACGCUGGCUCAGCUGGUCAUUCAGCAGCAACACCAGCAGUUCCUGGAAAAGCAGAAGCAGUACCAGCAGCAGAUCCACAUGAACAAACUGCUCUCGAAAUCUAUUGAACAACUGAAGCAACCAGGCAGCCAUCUUGAAGAAGCAGAGGAGGAGCUUCAGGGGGACCAGACCAUGGAAGAUAAAGCGACCUCUAGCGACCAUAGCACUGGGAGCAGCAGCAGUGCUUGUGUGGAGGACACACUGGGACAAGUUGGGGCUGUGAAGGUCAAGGAGGAGCCAGUGGACAGCGAUGAAGAUGCUCAGAUACAGGAAAUGGAAUGUGGGGAGCAGGCUGCUUAUAUGCAACAGCCUCCCUUGCUGGAGCCCUCACACACACGCGGGCUCUCGGUGCACCAGGCUCGGCUAGCUGCGGUUGGCAUCGAUGGAUCAGAGAAGCAUGGCCUCCUCUCCAGGACCCAUUCCUCCCCCGCAGCCUCCAUGUUACCUCACUCAACAGCAGACUGUCCCCGCCAGUCUGCCUCUACCACUGGGAUUGCCUACGACCCUCUGAUGCUGAAACACCAGUGCAUCUGUGGCAAUUCCACCACCCACCCCGAGCACGCUGGGCGGAUACAGAGCAUCUGGUCACGGCUGCAAGAAACCGGGCUGCUAAAUAAAUGUGAGCGAAUUCAAGGUCGAAAAGCCAGCCUGGAGGAAAUACAGCUUGUUCAUUCCGAACGUCACUCACUGCUAUACGGCACCAGCCCCCUGGACGGGCAGAAGCUGGACUCCCGGACACGGUUAGGUGACGACUCCCGGAAGUUCUUUUCCUCGUUGCCUUGUGGUGGACUUGGGGUGGACAGUGACACCAUUUGGAACGAGCUGCACUCGUCCGGUGCUGCACGCAUGGCUGUUGGCUGUGUCAUUGAGCUGGCUUCCAAAGUGGCCUCAGGAGAGCUGAAGAACGGGUUUGCUGUUGUGAGGCCCCCAGGCCAUCAUGCUGAAGAGUCUGCUGCCAUGGGGUUCUGCUUUUUUAACUCCGUUGCAAUUACCGCCAAAUACUUGAGAGACCAACUCAAUAUGAACAAGAUAUUGAUUGUGGAUCUGGACGUUCACCAUGGCAACGGUACGCAGCAGGCCUUUUAUGCUGACCCCAGCGUCCUGUACAUUUCGCUCCAUCGCUAUGAUGAAGGAAACUUUUUCCCCGGCAGUGGAGCCCCGAAUGAGGUUGGAGUAGGCCUGGGAGAAGGCUUCAACAUAAACAUUGCCUGGACAGGUGGCCUUGACCCCCCCAUGGGAGAUGUUGAGUACCUCGAAGCCUUCAGGACUGUCGUGAUGCCCGUGGCCAAAGAGUUUGAUCCGGACAUGGUCCUGGUGUCUGCCGGAUUUGAUGCGUUGGAAGGCCAUGCCCCUCCCCUAGGAGGUUACAAAGUGACAGCAAAAUGCUUUGGUCACUUGACAAAGCAGCUGAUGACACUGGCCGAUGGACGUGUGGCCUUGGCUCUAGAAGGAGGCCACGAUCUGACAGCCAUCUGUGAUGCGUCUGAAGCCUGCAUAAACGCCCUUCUAGGAAAUGAGCUCGGGCCCCUUGAGGAAGAUGUCGUCCACCAGACGCCGAACACGAACGCUGCCGCUUCGUUACAGAGGAUCACUGAAAUCCAAAGCAAGUACUGGAAGUCGAUCAAGAUGGUGGCUGUUGCGAGGGACUGUGCUCUGCCUGGUUCUCAGCUGCAAGAGGAGUCGGAGACCGUUUCUGCACUAGCCUCUCUGACGGUCGAUGUGGAACAGCCAUUUGCUCAGGAAGAUGGCAGAACUGCUGGUGAGCCCAUGGAGGAGGAACCAGCCCUGUGAAGUGCCAAGUCUCCCCCGAUAUUUCCUGUGUGUGACAUCAUUGUGUAUCCCCCCACCCCAACUCCAGCACCCUCAGACACGUCUGCUGCUUGGGUGGCACGGUUUGAUGGAACGUAAACACUGGGCAUCAGAUUCUGAACAGCAGCUUCACUUGUUCUUUGGAUGCACUUGAAAGGGCAUUGCAGAUUCCUGAAACUUAACCACUGUGAGUCUAAAGUUACAGUAACCAAGAUUGGAAGAAACUGCUUCCCGCGUGCGUUUGUGCUGGAGAUCCCACUCCCAGACACGGUGUGAGCUAGAAACCUUCAGUGCAGCACUAGAUACUGUCCGUUUCAGAAGCUGGGACAGCCAUGUUCAUUCCUGGCAUCGUGAUCAGUGUUUUAUUCUGUAGUUUACUGUCAAGCAGACUUAAAUUGUUUCUUUUCAUCUAUGAUGGGAAUUUACAGACAGAUUGCUGUGGGCUGCAGGGAUUUUCUUCUUUUCUUUUGUUUUGAAUUUUUUUUUCUGCGUUCUAACACGCUUCCAUCCUUGCUGGUAAGAGUUCAAGAUGGAGCUGGGAUGAGACUUUGUUCUAGUGGGAAAAAAAAUCACAAUGUAUUUGGCAGUCCAAAUGGAACUUGCACACCAUGCCUACCAUGUGCAAUGGGACAGUAUUUUGUGUCCUACUUUGUUGGAGUUUUACAUCUGUUUCAAGUUCUCACAGAUUAUGGAUUUGUAGCUUUGUCCGGUAGUGAGGUCUCUUCCACCGCAUGCAACUCCAUCUAGAGGAGCAUGGCUCUGGGGGUGCAUCUCUGGGUAGAUGUGUGGUCUGAGAAAAGCACAGACCUCAGGCGCUGUGGUUUGCGCCGCAUCUUUCCAGCACACCUCUUGCCUUUCUUUCUCCGUCCACUGCUUCCUCCUCUAGAGAAAUCACCCACAGCCUCCCCAAUCCUCAGGGGAGCUUAGCGUUUGGUUUCUACUGUUUACGUUUCAGGAUAACCCACUUUGUUAUCCGAUUCUGCCACGAACCUAUUUUAGUGCAUAUGGCUAAGCGGUGCCAGUGAGUUUUCCAGGUCUUAGAGACGCAUUAAUGAAGAUGGCAUUGAUCUGAAGUCCCUGUGAAUAGGGCUAAGGUAGGAACUGUGCCUUCACAUGGAAACUAACCCAGAACUUCACCUUUGCACAGGUUGCCUUUCUAGCAAAGGUUCAAAAUAAAGGACAUUUAUUUCUGAGAUUAAAAACAGCCUACUAAGUAAAAUAGAAGCAAGUUAGUCGCUGCCUCUGAAAAAUGCAUUUCAGUGCAUAACUCAAACACCUAAGACACUGAGGUAGAAUAGCUCACAUAUUUAAUAUCUGACAAUGCUUUUGAACAUUGAUGUUUCUUUUUAUAUAUUUUCCUAACUCAAAGGAUAUAUUAAAGCCAUAAGUGAAGAUUGUCAUGCUUUUAUUCAGAAAUCUGAAAGGAACCUUAAUUAAAACAAGGUUUUAGGGAAGGCCAAGAUAUGAAAGACAUGGACCAAUGUGGUUUUAGUUAGGGAGGACUCCAACCUGUAAAUCAGAGAUGAAAGAUCUCACUCACGUAGAAUUACAUAACUCCCCUUUGUUAUACACCCAGGCCACAUUUUUCAUGCAUUUGGUUUUUUUAGGAUUACCAUUUUAAUUUUAAAGACUUUUAUUACAUAUACAAAAAUGCCUCGGUACUUGGUUUAACAUCUUAGAAAUUUGAGAUACCCUUUGAAAUAGGAAAUCUGAAAUGGAAUGUAACUCAGUAUUAGGUAAAAAUUACUUUCAUUGCAUAUGGGUUAAGUCAAUCUUGAGUCAUGAUUAUAAUAAAUGUUUUGUAAAUUCCAUUUUCUUGAUGUUUUAGAGAAAUUCUUGCCAAUUAUAUUUGCUAACUCCUCUUUUAGUUUUCUCUUUCUUUUCCUUUUUUUUCCCUCUUGGUAACUGAGAAAAUUUAUUUAAAGAAAAACAAAGGCUUAAAGGCUUACAAAGAAGACCUUACUUUAAAAGAGGGAAAGUUAUCAUACUUCAAAAAGCUCUGUAAUUGUGAACCUUUAAAACCAAUUUCAGAGUUACACAUCCCUGUCAUUGCAAAUCUAUACUAGAUGCUUGGUAAUGAGAUAAAGCAAGGCAACACCAGUGUAUUAAUUCGCUGAUCUUGCUGCGACCGCAUGGCCUCGUAUGGUGGCUUCUCAGUCUGGUGAAGCCAAAUGACUAGGACAUCUCUGUGGUAGUUUAGAUUUUUAAAAUACUUAAUAAAGAGCUAAUCACAUUCUUCCCCCCCCCCCGCCCCGCUGUGCAACAACACACCUAAUUCAUUGCAAUGAAGAUUAUUAGGAUCCAGAUAGAAGCAGACACACCUGGUGGGGAAGGAUUGCAACUGAAGAUAGCCUUGUGGGCUGAGAGGCUCUACACCUGAUUGCACAUACCCUUACACAACAGAGUGUGGCCCCCAGAGGGCGGAGAGCACCAGCGUUUCUUCUGAAGCUGACCACACUUUCAGUUCAACUGGUAUAGUUUUCUUCACCUACACAUUUAGUUUUUAUUGUUCCCAGUGGUCCCCAGUGAAAGGCUAAUGGAGAAACAUUAUGGCUCGUGGGGCUCAUUCUGACCCACCCUUUGAAAGAUGACCCCAGGAAUUCCUCCACAGUCUAGCACGACACACAUGUGUUGGAAUAAAAUAAUUUUUGAGAAAUACAUGACUAAAAAAUACUAAGUUUAAAUAAUAGAAACAAAGCAAAAUGUAAUCAGUUUUGCUUUCUAUUUAAUUUGACAUUUUAUUUUUGACUGAAAUAAGCAGCCCUAGUAAAGACUGAGCAGGUGUGAAUAUCAGUGAAAUUGUAGACUAGAAAAUGGGAAAAUAUUGGAAGGGAAAUAUUUUUAAAUAUUUUAUCUAAUUUGUAAUAUUCAGACUGGAGAAAGAACUCGGAUUUUGGAGAUAAUAGAUAAAUUUGUUUAAAAACUCCCACAAGUGACAUUUCCGUGCCCAGUCCUGGAACAGAAAUGGUGCCUUCAGUGUGGACUAUGACCCACUAGGGACAUUUCCAGUCAUCUAACUGAAAACACGGUGGCCUUGAAAAUGGGGCAUUUCCUCCCGCGAAGAUUUCAAAAACCAUGGGACUAGUCUCUCCUAAUAGGUCAGACCUGUUUUAUUGCUAGAGGUCAAUCGUGAAGCUUUGUGAAUGUACUGAUAUCUUUACAGACUCCACACGGGAGUGUGUGAGAACGGUCCUGCGGGUCAGCGGGAGGAGAACACCUCUUCCCGCUCAGCACUUUUAAACUUGCUUUAUUUGAUUCUAGCACUUUGUAAUUAAGGCAAUUUAUUAAGAUUUUUUUUCUAUUUCUCUCUCAAUUUUUUUUUUCUCUGUGAGUUUCAGUGGAAGCAAGUGUUAAAACUGAGCAGCCUGGAAAGAAGCCAAAAUUUUGUCUCCUAAGAAAUGAUUCAUUCUGAGCUUGACCUCGCCGUUUUGUCUAAGUGUGACACUGUCUUUCCUAGUCUUACCUGUCUCAAUAUUCUCCUCCGGAUUUUGGAAAUGAAAUCAAGUGCUUGCUGACACACACACACACACACACACACACACACACACAGAGAGAGAGAGAGACAGAGACAGAGACAGAGAGACAGAGACAGAGAGAGAGAGAGAAUGCAAAUGUCACACUUGUAGCCCUACUUCAAAAAAGAUGAGAUUUUUACCUCCAAAAGAAACAAAAAGCAAAUUAUCUGAGGUGGAGAAGAAAGGCUUUCUGUUAUCUCAAAAACUGCCAGUGCUGUGGUCACGCUCACCGUCAGCUCUUCUGUGUUCAUGUUAUAUAUAACCAAGGCUGUAGAACUUCUGUUGAAUACAUAUAUGUUCUAUCUAUAACAUUCCUACCUGGUCUCAUGAUGUAUCUACAGGAAUGAGUGUGUCCAUUGUUAGUAACCAUGUUGGAAGUAACUUCAUCAGACAAAUCUUAGACCAUGAAUCUGAGGCCAGCUGGACUGUAUCUUAAUGAUAAGGUAUUAGAGUGGUUAUAAUUUAUCAACCAUCUUAAGUCUCAGCCUAGAAAAGCUAGCAAAUAUAUAAUACGCUAUACAGUGCCAAUAUUUCUAACCAAUGAUUUCCUUUCCCCUAACUCUGUUUCCCUUGCUUCAUUGCCAAUGGCAAAUUGGCAUAUCUACACAAUCAGAGUUUCUGAAUUCUCCCUACUUUAUGUUUCCUAAGCAGAAACAACCCUGCAAAUUUCUCUUCUGAGACCCCACUUGGCAUGUGUGUCUCCAGGUAUUUUAUCUAAUCCUAGCCUUAUAAUCUUGAUUGUGUUGUUUACUUACACCUUAUCGAGAGAUACCUGGCUUAGCUAGCUUUAUCUAAAAACAUACCCAAGCUUGGAUUUAUUCUGUACUUGGGGCUUGCCACUUUCUUUUAUUUUUGUGUCCAUUAUAAUCCACCAUUUUUGCUACUAUCCAGUUGGGUAAUAUUGAUUAUCAGACAGGGAAGAUUUUUCACACUCCCCAUGCCCUUUGGAAGAUACUUACAUGAGGCAAACCAUCAAGUGCAUGUGACCACCUGAAGUAAGAAUAGCAAAGGAGAAACUAGAAGACUAUAUGUUUGGAAAAUAAAACUAUCUGACAUGUGAAAUAGAAAAUGGACUCCUUUAAUUUUCUUGUUUGGUCCUUAUGCACAUAAGGGCACAAACAAUGCCACGUGUAUGUGGUCAGUUGUCUCCAGGGAUACCGUGGUCAGGUCCCUUGCCCUCUCAAGGACAUGGCAUUUGUAACCAUGACAAAAACAGGAGUGUCUGGAUUGAACUCUUUGUUAAUUAACAUUUGGUAGAAAUGGAAUAACAAAAACCACAAAAGAAUGACAAGUUUUGUAAUCUGAAGAGGAAUGUUACUAUUGUGUGUAUGCAAAGGCUAUUUUUAGAAUGGAAAAAGUUCCUUCCUCUUGCUAAACUGUAAGAUUCUCAGACUCUCUUUAGGUGGCUCUGCCAGUGUAGACCUUCACAGAAGCUGGGCAAGAUGACAUUGUCUUUUCAGGGAUGGUUGGGCUCAGCGAGUGUGCUGUCAGGAAUGAAUAACCUUUCAUUGGCAACCCGUGUCAUUAGAGACAAAUAUCCUGAUGUUGUAAAUCAGCUGGGAAGUUCUGGCAAAUAAAUUCCUCACUGUUUUGGUUAAAUGCUAGACCAUGAUUAUUGGAGCAAGUGCAGAUAAUGGGGACUUUCUGGUUUGUGUCAUGCAGAUGUGUCUUUUGUAUUGUGGUCUUGUAUCUGUUACUGUAAUAAGAUCAGUUGCUUGUCCUCUGUGACCAAGUAGUUUUGCCCUUAAUUUUUUUGGCUUUCAUCAAAAUCUGUCAUCCGGAACUGCUAAGAAAAGUAUACAUAGUCAAACACGAAGUUGUUCUGCCAGUGAUGCAUCCCCAGGUGUGCAAGAUAAUUACCUAAUAAAGGAUCAGUAGCUAUUAACAGCACCAUUGUUGAACGUGCUUUCAGAAUGUUCCUUCUCUCUGCUUCCUAGUCUUUUGGAUUUGAAAACACAAUAUCAUUCUCCAAAGGAUUGUUGAUGUUGUUAGUGUCAACACUCCGUACAAAGAAUAACAACACCCCAUUUGUCUUGUGUUUUUCACUGAUUAGAUUUUCCUCUAGUCCUAUGUGAAUAAAGGCUAUUUGAAAUAAAUGUGUCCUAAAAUUUCUACAUCCUAGUUGUCUGCCCUUAGACUCUGUAUCAUGAAUAAUCACAAAUACAUGACAAAAAUUUUCUGAUAAAUAAAUAUUACUAACUAUGAGAUAUAAUGGCAUACACUAGAACAUACAUAGAAUGUAUGUUGACAUACAAUGUCAUAUACAUAUAAUGACAUACAUAGAACAUACUCUUCGGAACUCUGGAGAUUUGAGGCCCGAGAUAUGGCUCAGCAGUUAAAAGCACUGGCUGCUCCUGCAGAGGACCCAGGUUCCUUUCUCAAGACCCGCAUAGCAGCUCACAACUAUCUGUAGCUCGAGUUCCAGGGGAUCUGAUGCCCUCUUCUUGCCUUUACAGGCCCCUGGCACAAACAUGGUAUAUAUCUAUACAUGCAGGUAAUACACUCACAAAUAUAAAAUGAAAAUUAAUCCUUUCUUAAUUUAAAGACUGUAGAUGUUUGCUUCCAAGUAUUUCUUAGGAUGAAAUGAAAAUUCACAACAAAAAAACUGUAAAUCAAAACAUAGUUGAGUUGCUAGUGCACGCCUGCAUCCCAGAGCCUUGGAGGAUGAGACAAGAGGGCUGCCACAAGUUCAAGGACAGCCUGCCUACGUAGUGAGUUUCAAGUCAACUUGGACUGUAGUGGGAGACCCCGUCUCAAACAAGUUACAUUUACUGGCUUGGUCAUACUUUGCUUUUGCUUGUCAGGAGAAAGAGCAAUAAGGUCUGCCGAAUGCAUGUUCCUCUACAGAAUGCUAUACUAGAAUUCUCUUUAUCACAUGACUCUUGUACCACGUGGGCUUUUUACAGAUGAGAAUGAAUAUAACACACUCACCGUUGUUAUAGUCAGUAAGAGAUGCCUACAUCUGUCUAGCUUUAGAAAGCCUUUGCUCUUUCCAAAUCUCCUCUACUACCCAUACAAGAGGACACACUGCAUAUUUCAACUAAAAAUCUAUGCCUAACCUUUAGGAAGGACUGUAUGCUCAGCCUCUGAUAACUUGGGGGGGGGAGAUUAAAUCGUGGAGUUAAAUGGGUCUGGUCAUCAUGGUUAGAUUAGUAGAGUAUAAAACAAUUAUUUUUACCAUAUGCCUCAUCUUACUUUAACCAAGACAAGAACUCUAAAUUGUCUUUGGAACACAUACUACAAACCUUUUGAAAUCUAUUACCAAUAGAUUUUGAAAUCAGGACCAAUACUUAUUUUUUGUAUUUUACAACCCCCUGCAAUAUUUAACAUUCUAAAAUAUAACUGUUUCCAAUGGACAAUGGUUUGGGUUCCUUCUGGGAAAGGAUAGGCGUAUUUUGUCUAAGAAAAUGUAAACUUGAGAUGGAGUAUGCGAGUAGAGUUAAUUUCAAUGGUAAAUACCUUUGCCCUAAUCAGAUUUGUCAAAUGGCAAAUAUUACUUCAUGGUUGUCUGUUUUUUAAGUUUCUAUGGUGAAAGAAACAGCAGAAUGUCAGCGGAAAGAUAAGGCUGGAUGUCUGGUUCGCCUAAGGAGCAAACGUAGUCGAAAGCUCAAAGCAUGUCUUUCACUUCUCAACACGUUUGUAUCUGUGCCAUUUAGUGGUGUUGGACACAAAGUCCUUUCAAACCUUGCCGUUCCCCCGAGAACCAUGGUACCGGUGUCCUCCUGGCUAAUCACAAACGGAUCACUCCAUAUGUAUCUUUGUAAUUAUUCUGUAAAAAAACAGAAAACUCUCCUGGCAAGUAUCUUAAGAAUAGAGAAGCAAGACUCAGAAAAAGAGACCAAGAAAUUUCCUUUUUAGAAGAAAAUAAGAAGUACUAGAAAUGAAAAGAGGAGAAAAGAUUUAAAGUUCUCAGUAUGUCUAAAAACCAAGAAACCCCAUUGAACUCCACAUUGAAAGAGUUUACAGUGUAAUAAUAAGAUAUAACAUAAGCCCACUUAUGUAUCUCCUUUGUUUUGUAAGAAAUAAGCCUUAAAAUUAAAAUUUAUUAGGUCAACUGCAGUUUUCAUAAUGAGAUUUUCCCUUUCUGUUUCCCCUUAUUUUAUUAUUUUAUUUAUUUAUUAUUCUGGGGGAGAAGGGAGAUGGAUGGGAUCAAGAGCCUUGAUGUCAAAGACACAAAGAAUAAGUGAAAAGAAAGUUAAAAAAUAAUCAUAAGGGUUAAAAUUUCAAGAUGUGAUCACAGAGAAUCCUUUCAUGACAUAAUAAGAGCAAAUAUGUGAAUAUUUUAACAUGGUAAUAUUAUGUUUAUGAUUGAUUUCUAAUUCUAAAAUUUUAUAUCCAUUUAAAUGAGAUCGUUUUUAAGAAUGCACAUUUUAGUGCAUUGUGCUUAGUUUGUGUGUUCCUUGUUAUUCAUGUUUUGUCAUGAUUAUUCAUUCCAAAAAUAAAAUAAAAUAGAAA